UCGGACAUGAACCCCCAUUACUGGUGAGCAUACCCUGCACUAGCUGCCUAUCUCACUCGCUCUCUUACCCUGUUUCAUUCUACCCCAUACCUUAACCAGUGCCCACACACUAGUUCAAACAGCCCUCUUCCUCUCUUCACCCUAAAAAAAAUAAGAAGAAAACCCACACUCGUCUGUUCCUCCCCUUGUCCGCCCCUCCGACCCAACCCUAAGCAGACAGACAAAACACAUUCUCUUGCUGCCUGUUCUUCACUCAGUCCUUCUCAUCCGCAGCCCUUGCUUCUUAUUCCUAUAUCUGCACCUUGUCUGGACACAACAUAGCGCGACGGCGAGACUUUGACCCCCCUACAGGACAAGACGGGUCUCGGUGUAAUUGGGCUGAUCAGUAUACUAACGAGCAGAGACACACUCAAGAUAACAAAUCGGCAUGGCUGCCCCCACCCCCUCCUCGUCCUCGGUUGCUACCCCUUCGACUCCACUUUCGCUGCGGACCGCAACCGCAGUCUCCGCCACGAACCAGCACCAGGACCCACGCUCAAUCAACUCCCCAGGCGCCAGCCUCACAUCCCCGCAUCCACCCUCGCAAUAUCACCAUCAUCACCACCAUCAUCCUGACCCUCAUCCGCCGCCCGUCUUCCUCCACCCUGCGUCCGUCGCUGCAACGGAUCCGUCUUCCUCCACAGGCGAAACCUCCUCAAGGUACUACCACCCACAGCAGCAACAUCAGCACAGCCACCAACACGUCCACCCUCCAUCGCACCCGCACCAGCACCCGCACCAGCACCAUCAACAGCAUGUGCCUGCUUCCUACUCCCACUUCCCUCUCAAUAAUCACCAGCAUUACUCUUACUCGUCGUCACUGCCAGCAGACUCGUUUCCCCGCACCCUCUCCAGGACAUCGACCUAUGAUCAGGACGCACGCCGCCGCCAGUCGUCUAGCUCAUCUUCCUUCGUCCAACCUUCCUCUUAUCGUCCUCUGCACCAGUCCACCUACCCUCCGGCGUCAUCCUCAUCUCACUCCGCAAGCGAGGCAUCUUCUAGCUUAGGCAGCAACUCCAGCAGCGCCAGCGACAGCGUCAAUCAUAGCAACAUCAGUAGUAACCUGCCCGAGUACUCGUAUCCUAUGACGCCCUCUCAAAGGCUGCAUCGAGAUCAUUAUCGUCCGCUCCAGCUGUCGCACCAUCGCCCUCAUCGUGAACAUCAGCAGACACACCAUCAGCCAUCGCAUGGGCAGUUGCCAAACUAUCACAGCCAAGGGCCCUCCCAUGGGAACCCUAAGGAACACCACUUUUUAUUAAAGCAAGCAGAGAGGCCGCACCUUGAUCCUUCUGAGCAACAGAAGUCGCCUCAAACUAGGAUACCGCCACCAAUCCGUACAAGAUGGAGCGACGGCGUAUCGCGCGACUGUCCACCGCUCUCUCUGCAGAGCGGAUUAAGCCAUUCGCAGAGCAUUCGCAGCGCUGACAGUCGGAUAUCGCCUGCCACUCCACGAUCAGUAUCUGCGCACGUGCCAAUGUCCAUCCUGCGCCAGUCCUCGUCUGAUUCAUAUUUUGCAGAGUCCCCACUCGACUAUCGGGAGCCCAACAGUCUUCGACAUACUAUCGCCAGUACUCUCCGAGGCAAGUAUGAUCAUGAGGAACACGACAUGGAGCGCUGCUCUGAACCAGAGGAUGCACGCAAGGGCGAAUGUGAGGACGAGGAUGAGUACGAAGAUGACAGCAUUCUACAAGGUCAAAUCAAGAAGCAAAAGCUCGGCGCUAUCGAUUUGAGGCUAUCGCUCGGUACCAAGACGAUGCCUCACUCCCGAAACACGCAGAGGAGCGCUGUUGAGCAGGGUGCCGAUGGGGCUGGGAAAGCAAGGGCAGGCACUAACGACGGCGGAGCAGAAGGAGAGGCUGGCGAGGAGGGGAGGCAGAGUGCCUUGACCUCAACGUCAAGCAGUCGCAAGCAGAGUAUGUCCGGCAGCGUUCACGGGGACGAAGCACCCGCAUGCAAAAGCAAAAAGGGCAAGGUUGCGGCACAGAAACGUGGCCUUCGACGCGCCUCACUUCCAGUAUCCAGUGAGGCUCUUGACCGAAUCGAGGACGACGCCCAGGCUGAGACAGGGCCCCAAUCAUUGGCUGGAAGAGGGCUCCGCAUUUACGCCCAACGCGUGUGCGAACAAGUAGAGGCUAAGCGUUCUACAUCGUACAACGAGCUUGUUCAUGAUCUCUUUGGUGGUAACGCGGGUGAAAAUGUGGAUGAACUUCCAGAGGCUCAUGGUCAAGAAAACAUUCGUCGCCGCGUGUACGAUGCUCUCAAUGUGCUUGAGGCGUUGGACAUAAUUUCGUUCGUCAAUAAGGACAUCCAUUGGGUCGGUAUUGAACAAUCGUCAGUCAUUCAUGAAGUCACGGAAAGUCAAACGGCAGCACCAGCCUUGGCGCAAGGUCAAGGACCAGGUGAUGGCGGUGACGAUGAAAGCGAGGAGCCUGAGGACGACGACAUGGAGAUUGAGAAAUUGCAGAGAGAAGUUGAUGCGAUGAGGCUUCAGAACAAUUUGGAGCAAGCCAAAUUGCAGGACCAGCUUACUCGACACGUGCAAGUUUUGAAUCUCGUUAAACGGAAUAAGCGAAGAGAGGCUAAAGAUGAGGAAAGGGAGGAGCGUAGGCGACAACGAAAGGAGGAGAAGCGUGUCCGGGCUAUGAUGAUCGAUCAGGAUCCGACCAUGACCGAUGUCGGCCCUCUAGGGGCAAGUGACCACAAUGAUGAUACGCGCCAGAAGUCAGACCGUCCUCGACGCCGUCGAAUUCAUCGGCAUUCAUCAGGACAACCAGAGGGUCAAGUGGAAGCAAGCGGCGCAGAUGGUAUGGAAGAGGAACAGGAGGGGGAGGAAGAGGAAGAGGAAGCGCGUCGCAGGCGAAAGCAAGAACGGCGAGAGAGGCGUGAACGCAAGGAUAAGCGAGCUCAGCGGAGGCUCGAAAAGGAACAGGAAAAAGUCCAGCUGCCGUUUGUGGUUGUGCGCAUGCCUGGAUACACUGGCCAGAGCUCAGACUCCGAAUCAAGCAUCUCUGUCAUGCGAAGUGUCCGUGCGGAUCAAAAGUCUAGAAGGAGCGACAAGGGCAAGCGACAGGGAUCCACAGGCCAGGAGACGACAAUGGUUGAGAUUCAAAUCCCUCAACAGGACGAGCUAAGCAUCAUCUCCGACACAGAAAUCCUCGGGGACCUUGGAUUCAACACGGUGUCAGUAAAUGAGCUGGAGACCAUGCUUCCCAAGAGCUUGGUUGACGCAGUCCAAUAUACUGUCAACGCUGAGGAGGACCUGCGUUCUUCUAGAGAAAACUCGACAGCGGCCGGAAAUGGCGUUCAGGCAGCCACCAGUAUCACAGUUCGGGGUGGCUUCGAGCGAGAGAUUGUGCGAGCCGCAAGCGAAGAUGCCUCCAGCAAUGCCUGAGCGCAUUUCGUCCUCCUUUUCAAUUCUGUUUGUUAGACCGUAUAUUCGUUAUUGUUCAUUAUUUUAGUCGUUUGGUCCUUGUACAUUAGCCUUUUGUAUUAUAAUAAUAUAAGUCUACCUUCUUCAUCCC